CACCUGUCACAUGAUCAGCUCUCCUGGGCCAUGUGACUUCGUGACGGAGCGUGUCCUCUGCUUCCCCCUCGUCCUGCCUGGCUGCUUUCAUGUCUGCUGAUAGUUCAGAGGCGGUUUGAAACAGGGGUGGUCUCACAUGAAAGCUGGCAGAGAUGAACAGUGAAAACUUCAGCCUGAGUGAGACGAUAGUGUCGCCUUCCUACAUUCGACAGGGGAGCCAGGCGCGUCGUAGCCAUGAGCAGCUCAUCAGGCACUUACUGGAGCAGGGAAAGUGUCCAGACGAGGGAUGGCAUGAGAGCACCAUAGAGCUCCUCCUGAAUGAGCUGGCUGUGAUGGACAGCAAUAACUUCCUCGGCAACUGUGGUGUAGGAGAGAGGGAAGGCCGGGUGGCAUCCAGCCUCGUGGCAAGACGGCAUUACAGGUUGAUCCAUGGCAUAGGUCGGUCAGGUGACAUUGCUGCUGUUCAGCCCAAAGCUGCAGGAUCCAGUCUGCUUAACAAGCUGACCAAUUCAGUUGUGUUGGACAUCUUAAAGCUCUCGGGUGCCCGGAGUGUGGCGAGCUGCUUUGUAGUUCCCAUGGCAACAGGAAUGAGCUUGACUCUGUGCUUCCUGACUCUUCGUCACCGGAGACCCACGGCUCGCUACAUCAUUUGGCCUCGCAUCGACCAGAAGUCCUGUUUCAAAGCCAUGAUCACAGCAGGCUUUGAACCAGUGGUGGUGGAGAAUGUUCUUGAGGGUGAUGAGUUGCGGACAGACUUGGAAGCAGUUGAACGCAAGAUCAAGGAGCUCGGGGACGAAAACAUCCUGUGUAUUCACUCAACAACGUCCUGCUUUGCCCCGCGGGUACCAGACAGGCUUGAGGAGCUGUCUGCUGUGUGUGCCAAAUAUAACAUUCCACACAUAGUUAACAAUGCAUAUGGAGUCCAGUCGUCCAAAUGCAUGCACCUUAUACAGCAGGGAGCUCGAGUUGGAAGAAUAGACGCCUUUGUGCAGAGCUUGGACAAGAACUUUAUGGUUCCAGUAGGUGGCGCAAUAAUCGCAGGUUUUGACGAGUCCUUCAUACAAGAGAUUAGCAAGAUGUACCCAGGUCGAGCAUCAGCCUCACCUUCCCUUGAUGUCCUCAUUACCCUCCUCACUCUGGGAGCCAGUGGCUACAAGAAACUCCUGUCAGAAAGAAAAGAGAUUUAUUCGUUCCUGGCUCAGGAGCUGAAGAGUCUGGCCUCUGCACACGGAGAGAGAUUGCUUCACACCCCACAUAACCCCAUUUCAUUGGCCAUGUCCCUGGAUGGUCUCCAGGCCGAUAGCGACAAGGCGGUGACUCAGCUGGGCUCCAUGUUGUUCACCCGGCAAGUGUCAGGAGCCAGGGUAAUACCGCUGGGCAAGGAGCAGACCAUAGGCAGACACACGUUCCGUGGCUUUAUGUCGCACUCCGAGGCGUACCCAUGUCCUUACCUCAACGCUGCCUCGGCUGUGGGUAUCACUCGUGAAGAUGUGACACUGUGCGUCAAACGGCUUGACAAGUGCCUGAAGGCCCUGAAGAAAGAGGGAAAUGCGGCGAAAAGUACUUCCCCAGUACUUCCACUGUGCAAGGAGGACAGUACUGAAGGAUGACUGAGCAGAAAUAAGAAAAGUAGACAAAUGAUUUCUACUUGGUUUGAGCCCUCUGCUGCCUGCACUCUCUUCAUGCCUGAUUUGUGUAUGUUUUGAAUGGCACUUGCUGAUGGAUUAUCAAUCCAGACAUUGACUUGAAGUCUGCAGCAGCAGGUGGCGAUGAGACUGUGUGCAGGCGUUCAUUACAAACCACAAUGACACAAGCUGACGUCACUGCUUAAUUCCCUUCUCUCUGUGAAGGAGUGCUAAUUAGUAGAUACUGACACAUGCUGAUUGUUCACCACUGAUCUAAAGUUGGGCCAAAGCGUCUGAAGAGACUGUUGCAUUGUUGUCUGUAUAUGUUGAAAUUGCUUGACUUUGUAUUGGAUUUUUGAACACCACAAAUAGAUUAUGGAUCUACCAUUUACAAUGGCCUUUCCUGUGUAACAUUUUUCUUAUCUAAAGCCAUCCGCAGGGCAUAUUAGAUUAAAUAUUCUAUUAAUUAGCCAGUCUUUCAGUUUGAAAGCAUUGCGAUAAUUCUAUUUUGGAAAUACAUUAGGAUUUUCCACUAAUUGAUAUAUGAAACGAUAAAGCAUUAUAAUGUAAUAUGUUAUGCCACAUUCUUCUGCAGUAUGUUGUAAUGUGAUACAAAUGCCAUUACCCAUUAACUCCAUUUGCACCCAGUGUGUUGGACUAGCUUAUUGACUUUCAGCCUCUGGAACAGAUUGCAAGGAAGAUAAUCAAUGAAGUGCACCAAACAAAGAUCGCUCACUGUGUUUAGUAAAGCAUAUGUUAACCUGUACUGUAUGUAACAUUAACAAUUUAAAAGAUAAGUGCAGUA